GCGGGGCGGAGAGCGGCCCUGCAGAGCCGAGAAUGGUAGACGAGUGAGUCGUCUGAGCAGCACCCCGGCCUCCUCGCCGCUCUCUCCUCGCUCUCGCGGCCUGCCCGCCUGCCCGCCUGCCCGCCCGCCCGCCCGCCCGCUUGCUCGCCACCCAGAACACCUUCCACCAUGGCCACCUCAGCAAGUUCCCACUUGAACAAAGGCAUCAAGCAGGUGUACAUGUCCCUGCCUCAGGGUGAGAAGGUCCAAGCUAUGUAUAUCUGGAUCGAUGGCACUGGAGAAGGACUGCGCUGCAAGACCCGUACCCUGGACUGUGAGCCCAAGUGUGUAGAAGAGUUGCCUGAGUGGAAUUUUGAUGGCUCUAGUACUUUUCAGUCUGAAGGCUCCAACAGUGACAUGUAUCUCGUGCCUGCUGCCAUGUUUCGGGACCCCUUCCGCAAGGACCCCAACAAGCUGGUGUUCUGUGAAGUUUUCAAGUACAACCGAAAGCCUGCAGAGACCAAUUUAAGACACACCUGUAAACGGAUAAUGGACAUGGUAGGCAAUCAGCACCCCUGGUUUGGAAUGGAGCAAGAAUACACCCUCAUGGGGACAGAUGGGCACCCCUUCGGUUGGCCUUCCAAUGGCUUCCCUGGGCCCCAAGGUCCAUAUUACUGUGGUGUGGGAGCAGACAGAGUCUAUGGAAGGGAUAUCGUGGAGGCUCACUACCGGGCCUGCUUGUAUGCCGGAGUCAAGAUUGCAGGGACGAAUGCUGAGGCCAUGCCUGCCCAGUGGGAAUUCCAAAUAGGACCGUGUGAAGGUAUCAGCAUGGGAGAUCAUCUCUGGGUGGCCCGCUUCAUCUUGCAUCGUGUAUGUGAAGACUUUGGAGUGAUAGCAACCUUUGAUCCCAAGCCCAUUCCUGGGAACUGGAAUGGUGCAGGCUGCCAUACCAACUUCAGCACCAAGGCCACACGGGAGGAGAAUGGUCUGAAGUACAUUGAGGAGGCCAUUGAAAAGCUAAGUAAGCGGCACCAGUACCACAUUCGUGCCUACGACCCCAAGGGGGGCCUGGACAAUGCCCGGCGCCUAACUGGAUUCCACGAAACCUCCAACAUCAACGACUUUUCUGCUGGCGUAGCCAACCGUGGCGCCAGCAUCCGCAUUCCCCGGGCUGUCGGCCAGGAGAGGAGGGGCUACUUUGAAGACCGUCGCCCCUCUGCCAACUGCGACCCCUUUGCGGUGACGGAAGCCCUUAUCCGCACAUGUCUUCUCAAUGAAACCGGCGAUGAGCCCUUCCAGUACAAAAACUAAGUGGACUAGACUUCCAGCCAUCAAACCCCUCCUAGUUCUUCCUCCUGCUUCAGCUCUGCCCCCUCUCUCAGUUGUCCUACUUGUCCCAAUUGUAACUAACUCAAAGGGUAGAGCAUCAAGGUCUUUUUUUAUUCCUCCUGCCAGUUAAUCUUGCUUUUUUGGCCAGGAUAGAGGGGUCGAGUUCUUAAUCUCUUCACACCCACCUUUUUUUCCCUAUCACUGAAGCUUUGUAGUGUGUUAGUGGGGAGGGGGAUAGGGAAACAUAACCACUGCUUCCACUGAAUCGGGUGUGCUGGUCUGACAGGCCCGUCACCAUCCGGAUAGCACAUCCAUACGUGCUUGUGAAGGAGGGAGAGGACUUCUUCAGGUAGCUAAAGGGGGAUGGCCCGACUUACUCUGUGGUUAGGUUAGGAUAUCUCCUCUUGGUAGAAAGCUGUUUAAGAACUUUCCACUUUUUGUUGAAAGUGGGAAUUAGAGGGAGGGGUUGGGAACCAGGGAAGAAAAUGCCCUUGGUCUCUUGCUGUGGUGCUUUGCCUUGCUUAUGGCUAAAUGCCCUCCCUUAGACACAAAGCUCAGAGUAUAAACAGACGGGAUAUCCCUACCUUGGAAGAAGAAAAAGUUUUUACUGCUUCGUCCUCCAUUUAUAACACAAAGCAGAGUAGUAUUUUUAUAUUUAAAUGUAAAAGCAAAAAAACCAUAUAUAUGGGUGUGUGGAUAUGUGUGUUCUUCUAAAGGAAGAAACCAUCUUGGUCACCAGGAGCUGAAUUUGAGGCAAAUAAUCUGGUUUAGAAAUAGGAUCUCCUUUUGAGUAAGGGGGUGGGGAAAGCAGUGCUUGCGAAGUUGGUGAUUUGUGGCUGCUAGUCCCUUGUUACCACUUACGGGUUUCUCUGCCCUUCCCACCCUUCUGGCGGGGGACACAGGUCAGUUAACAGUGGACACACAUUACUAGUCACUUGAGCCUCAUGGCUUUGAUUUAGAAGACACGUGUAUUUGUCCACACGGGGAUUUAGAGAUGAGUUGGCUGGUCAACUUGAGCAUGUUACUGACAGAGGGGGUAUUGGGGUUAUUUUCUGGUGGGAUUAGUGUGUCACUAAAGCAGGCCUUUUGAUAUAUUAAAAUUUUUUUUAAAGCAAAAUAGUUUAGAUUUUAAUCAAAUUUGUAGGGUUUCUCAGUAAGUUUACAGAAUUGCUUGUUUGCUUCAACUGUCUUCUUUCACCUCUGCUCUUUUAGGAGAUGGGGACAGCUUUGGAGUCAAAAAAGACUUGUAAUUUUGUAUUCUGUUGUCUUUUUUCCUGGUUUGGAAUAUUCCUUUUGUUAAGAUUGCUGAGGAGUUGUAUUUUUUUCUUUUAUAAUAAACAAGCCCCACCUUUAUCCUACAUUCCCCCCACUGUUUUUGUGUUGGCUGCAGCAGGCCAGCUGUAGUUUUCUCUUGCCAUGACGACCUCUAAUUGCUGUGUACAGUAUGUUCAGUUAGAUAACUCCUCAUUGUAAACAAACUGUAACUGCCCAGAGCAGCGCUUAUAAAUCAACCUAACAUUUAUAAGA